AUGGCGGCAAAAGAAAUCGUCAAAUUCUAUCGACACCCCCAGGAGACGGCACUGUCAUCUUUUCUUCCAAUUCUCCAGCAACACCUUCCGCAUAGCAAUCCCAUCUACAACCGGCUUCAGGCCCCUCAUAAUUUGCCUUCCCGUCACUGUCUAUUCGCCGCUACAUUUCCUCCUCCAGCUCCCGGUUCCUCUCUUUCAGUUCCCGAGGUCUACACAAUUUUGUUUUCAGACCGCUCGCGCCAUGCUGAAUCACAAGUAUGGAUCUUUAAUAAUCUAAUUACUCUCCCAACCCCUCUUCCGGCUUCCCAGCAAAACAUACUCAACGCCCAUGUCCACUCCGCAAUUUUAUAUCUGAAGGCAAUCGAAAUCCCAGAAGCUCCAGGAUGGCCCUUUGACCAACGUCUAAAAUUCUCAUGUCUACACGAUAGUAUUACCACCUCACUUACCCAACUCCUUGAAACCCGUGGCGGCAUUCCAUAUAUAACCAAAUGGAAUUUCUGGAUCGUGCCGACUUCUACCGUCUCUUCCAAGACCAGGCGGCCGCUUCCUUCAGGAUACUCAGUGAGCCGCGUUCCAGAAGACCAAUUAGGCAUCGUAGUCUCCACAUCCUCUAUACCACGGGAGCCAUCAACGCUGAAGGGGCAAGCAAACGUGGGAAUCAUGGAUGCAGAAGGGAAGCUAGCAGCGUGGGGGUAUCUGGGAAUUGACGGGAGUUUGGCGACACUGUAUGUAUUGCCUGAGCACAGAGGCAAGGGACUGGCUACUCAGGUUGCUGUUGAGUUGUUGAGUCGGUAUGAGAGGGGUGAGUUUGCCGAUCUGGGGUAUGCGGGGAGGAGUGGGUACGUGCAUUCCGAUGUAAAGGUGGGGAAUAAGGAGAGUGAGGGGGUAAUGAAGUCCAUUGGUGCAAAAGUGAACGGGACGAGUAGCUAUCUACACGUGGAUAGUGAUAGGUUUAGUGGGUAUGUGCAUUCUAUGGUCAAAGCUGGAAAUGAGGGGAGCGAGGGUGUAAUGAAAUCACUUGGCGGAAGCAUCGGAGGGCAGGACCGACCUUUAGAUCUGCCCAUCUAUUAG